AUGUACGAGCUGUUCAUGCGCACUAGGGGCACGGAUAUACUAUGGGAAAGGUCGAAUGUGGAGAAACCAGACUUUAGCUGGAUUUCGAGCACCCAGCGGUCCACAGUGUUGCUGCCCUUUCCAGAGAAUCGCAACAACCACAACACCAUCUACGGUGGGUACAUUAUGCGGAAUGCUGUCGAGAUUUGCUAUAUAACAGCCAGCUUCUAUGCCGGACGAAGGCCCGUGUGGCAGUACCUAUCAGAUGUGGCCUUUUUCCAGCCCGUUCACGUCACUUCCAUUCUCAAGCUGACGGCCUAUGUAGUCUACACCUCCGAUAAGCAUAUGCAACUAAUGGCUGUAGCAAAUGUUCUCGAUGCCAACAGCUUUUCGGAGGUGCAGACCAAUGCCUUCCAUCUCACGUAUUUGAGCGAGCACAAGGUGAAAGAGGUCCUGCCACACAGCUACCAGGAGACAGUGUGGCACAUUAUCGGUCGUCGGCAUUUUCAGGCCUUCCAGAACAGAAAGUAG